CCACCAAAACAUCUAAAAUGGGGAAGCAGAACAGCAAACUCCGCCCAGAGGUGAUGCAGGAUCUGCUGGAGAGCACGGACUUCACCGAAGCUGAGAUCCAGGAGUGGUAUAAGGGCUUCCUGAGAGACUGCCCCAGCGGGAACCUCUCCAUGGAGGAGUUUAAGAAGAUCUACGGUAACUUCUUCCCCUACGGAGACGCCUCCAAGUUCGCAGAGCACGUCUUCCGCACCUUCGACGCCAACGGGGACGGGACGAUAGACUUCCGGGAGUUCAUCAUCGCUCUGAGCGUCACGUCGCGGGGCAAGCUGGAGCAGAAACUGAAGUGGGCCUUCAGCAUGUACGACCUGGACGGGAACGGAUACAUCAGCAAGUCUGAGAUGCUGGAGAUUGUACAGGCGAUCUACAAGAUGGUUUCCUCUGUCAUGAAAAUGCCGGAGGAUGAGUCGACACCUGAGAAACGCACAGACAAGAUCUUCAGGCAGAUGGACACAAAUCGUGAUGGUAAACUGUCUCUGGAUGAGUUUGUUGAGGGAGCAAAGAACGAUCCGUCUAUCGUGCGGCUGCUGCAGUGUGAUCCCAGCAGCGUAGGGCAGUAGAAGAACCUACUGUCU